CGCUUAAGAUUUGUAAAAAUCAAAACUUCCGGUUUACAAACACGUGUGAUUCUUUGACAGAAUGGCUGCGGAUGUUCAACAACAACACCGUCCCGGGGCCCUAAAACAGCAGAACAAAUCCCACAAACACGGAAAACACAAAAGUAAAGGUCAACUGGACAAAGAUACAAAAGGGAGAGUCGACAUAAAGACAGCUACAAAGAAAUAUAAAGCUAUCCAAAGGAAACAAGACAGAAAGCAUCAUGCGGAUCAAGUCCGUAGACAGAAAAGAGAAGAAGUUUUAAAUCAGAAAAGAAGCAAGGGAGGCAACCUAUCACCUCCACAUUUUGUGGUAGUGUUAUUACUGCAUGAAGGCCUGGAUGUCAGCAAUGUGUUGGGAGUCCUGAAAUCAUGUGACGAGUCUGCAACAGUCACACAGAAUGAACAAGGGGUCCUUCAUGUCAGCAUUCCCCGAUUCAAACAGCGGGUGUCGUUUUACGUCCCAGAGUUUACGAACUUGUACGCCGUGAUGGACUCGGUGAAAGUGGCUGACUCGCUGCUGUGUGUCCUGUCCUCAGAGGGUGGGAUUGACGAGUAUGGGGAACGAGUGCUGAGAUGUCUGUUUGCUCAGGGCCUUCCUGCCGUCACGUGUGUUACACAGGGAUUGAAGAAAAUGGGAGGCGGGAAAAAACAAAGCGAAGCCAGAAAAUUUCUACAGAAAAAAAUUGAAAAAUGGUUUCACCAGGAAAAGCUGUAUUCCCUGGACUCGGAACAAGACGGCCUUCUGGUGAUGAGAAAUCUGACCAAUCAGAAGAUCAAGCCAGUGCACUAUAGAGAUAACAGGCCUCACCUUAUAGCAGAGGAAAUUCAGUUUGAACUAGAGAAUGAAGAGGCUCCCAGUGGAACCUUGAAAGUGGCCGGGUUCCUGCGAGGGAGAAAUCUCUCUGUGAAUGGCCUUGUUCAUAUUCUUGGCUGGGGAGACUUUCAGAUGACCCAGAUUGAUGCCAGAAAUGACCCCUACCCACUGUUUCCAAAGUCGGACAAGCACAAGGAAAACGCGAUGGAGGAGGAUUCAGGAGAAGUCAGGGUGUUGGAGAAGGCGGACGCGAGUCGUCAGGAGUCAUUACAGAGCGAGAACAUCCCCGGGGAAAUGGAGGGCGAGCAGACCUGGCCCACAGAGGAGGAGAUGGAGGAAGCUGAAGCUGCACGGAGAGCAAAGACAAAGGUUGUAAAAAGGGUUCCCAAGGGGACAUCAGACUACCAGGCUGCGUGGAUUGUGGACAGCGAAGAGGAGACUGAAGAUGAUGGGAGUGAGGAUGAGGAGAUGGAGGAAGAAGACAUGAUGGCAGUGGAUGCCUCGGGGUCUGAGUCUGGAGAGGAAGUGGAAUAUGACACCUUGACCGUGACGGAGGCUGGAGAUGUGGCUAACUAUGACCAGACAAUCGAUAUGGAGGAAGAGGAGAGAAUGUUAGAGAAAAUUAAGGAAGAAAGAAGUCAUGUUAUGUUUCCUGAUGAAAUUGACACUCCACGGGAGAAGGACGCCAAGGAUAGGUUUCAAAGAUACCGAGGGUUGAAGAGUUUCAGGACCUCGCCCUGGGACCCCAAGGAAAAUCUCCCGUCAGACUACGCCAGGAUAUUCCAGUUUAAGGAUUUUAGGAGAACUAAGAAGAGAAUUUUAAAGGAUUUAGAUGAUGAGGGAGUCAUGAGCGGCUGGUAUAUUCAAAUUCAUAUUGCUAAUGUGCCAAAAGAUUUUAUGAUGUCAUACAAACCAGGGAUGCCAGUGGUGAUGUUUGGUCUGCUGCCACAUGAACACAAGAUGUCCGUCCUUAACUUCCUGUUGAAGCGGGUACCAGAGUACAGGCCACCAAUCAAAUCCAAAGACAGACUCGUCUUCCAUGUGGGUUUCCGAAGGUACUCGGCUUGUCCGGUAUUUUCACAGCAUACCAAUGCAAACAAGCAUAAGUUUGAAAGAUUUUUUGCCCAUGACAUGGUUACCAUGGCUACCAUUUUUGCACCUAUAUCAUUUCCUCCGUGUCCUGUUCUAGCAUUCAAAGAACAGCACGACGGUCAACAUGAAUUAGUAGCCACAGGGAGCUUACACUCGGUAAAUCCCGACAGGAUUGUCACUAAACGUAUCGUCCUCAGCGGUCAUCCCUUCAAGAUCAACAAGCGGUCAGCUGUGGUCAGAUACAUGUUCUUCAACAGAGAUGAUAUAGAAUGGUUUAAACCCGUGGAACUUCGAACAAAGUGGGGAAGAAGAGGCCACAUCAAAGAACCACUAGGAACUCACGGCCACAUGAAGUGUGUGUUUGAUGGACAUUUGAAGUCGCAGGACACUGUACUGAUGAAUCUGUAUAAAAGGAUGUUCCCAAAGUGGACCUAUAACCCCACGGUACUAAAUCCACCUCCAAUGCUGGAGAGUUCUCAAUCUAUGGCGACAGAGCCAUCAGCCUAUCAACUGUUUGAUGAUUGAUAACAAAUUAAACCUUUUGUUGAAAUAC